ACAGGGACCCAGUCCGGGCGGCGAUGGCGGCGGCUGCUGUGGUGGCGGCGACGGUCCCCGCACAGUCGAUGGGCGCGGACGGCGCGUCCUCGGUGCACUGGUUCCGCAAAGGACUACGGCUCCACGACAACCCCGCGCUGCUAGCGGCCGUGCGCGGGGCACGCUGUGUGCGCUGCGUCUACAUCCUCGACCCGUGGUUCGCGGCCUCCUCGUCCGUGGGCAUCAACCGAUGGAGGUUUCUACUGCAGUCUCUAGAAGAUCUGGACACAAGCUUAAGAAAACUGAACUCCCGUCUGUUUGUAGUCCGUGGACAGCCAGCUGAUGUGUUCCCAAGGCUGUUCAAGGAAUGGGGGGUGACUCGCCUGACCUUUGAGUAUGACUCUGAACCCUUUGGGAAAGAACGGGAUGCGGCCAUUAUGAAGAUGGCCAAGGAGGCUGGUGUGGAGGUGGUGACUGAGAACUCUCAUACCCUCUAUGACCUAGACAGAAUCAUCGAACUGAAUGGGCAGAAACCACCCCUUACCUACAAGCGCUUUCAGGCCAUCAUCAGCCGUAUGGAGCUGCCCAAGAAGCCAGUGGGCGCUGUGACCAGCCAGCAGAUGGAGAGCUGCAGGGCAGAGAUCCAGGAGAACCAUGAUGACACCUAUGGCGUGCCUUCCCUGGAGGAACUGGGCUUCCCCACGGAAGGACUUGGCCCAGCUGUCUGGCAAGGAGGAGAGACAGAAGCUCUGGCCCGCCUGGACAAGCACUUGGAACGAAAGGCCUGGGUUGCCAACUAUGAGAGACCUCGGAUGAACGCCAAUUCCUUGCUUGCCAGCCCCACAGGCCUCAGCCCCUACCUGCGCUUUGGAUGCCUCUCCUGCCGCCUCUUCUACUACCGCCUGUGGGACUUGUACAAGAAGGUGAAGAGGAACAGCACACCCCCCCUCUCCUUAUUUGGACAACUCCUGUGGCGAGAGUUCUUCUACACAGCGGCCACCAACAACCCCAGGUUUGACCGAAUGGAGGGGAACCCCAUCUGCAUCCAGAUCCCCUGGGACCGCAACCCCGAAGCCCUGGCCAAGUGGGCCGAGGGCAAGACAGGCUUCCCUUGGAUUGACGCCAUCAUGACCCAACUGAGGCAGGAGGGCUGGAUCCACCACCUGGCCCGGCACGCCGUGGCCUGCUUCCUCACCCGCGGGGACCUCUGGGUCAGCUGGGAGAGCGGGGUCCGGGUAUUUGAUGAGCUGCUCCUGGAUGCAGAUUUCAGCGUGAAUGCGGGCAGCUGGAUGUGGCUUUCCUGCAGUGCUUUCUUCCAGCAGUUCUUCCACUGUUACUGCCCUGUGGGCUUCGGCCGACGCACAGACCCCAGUGGGGACUAUAUUCGGAGAUACCUGCCCAAAUUGAAAGGGUUCCCUUCUCGCUACAUCUAUGAGCCCUGGAAUGCCCCUGAGUCAGUUCAGAAGGCUGCCAAAUGCAUCAUUGGUGUGGACUACCCAAGGCCCAUCGUCAAUCAUGCAGAGACUAGUCGGCUCAACAUUGAGCGCAUGAAGCAAAUCUACCAGCAGCUGUCACGAUACCGGGGACUCUGUCUGCUGGCAUCUGUCCCUUCCUGUGUGGAAGACCUCAGUCACCCUGUUGCAGAGCCCGGUUCUAGCCAGGCUGGUAGCAUUAGCAACAUGGGCCCCAGACCACUAUCUAGUGGCCCAGCUUCCCCCAAACGCAAACUGGAAGCAGCCGAGGAACCUCCUGGUGAAGAACUGAGCAAGCGUGCUAGGGUGACAGAGAUGCCUGGUCAAGAGCCACCAAGCAAGGACACCUGAGGCUGGAGAGCCAUUGCUUCGAGAGCACAGCCCGGGUGCCUGAGCUGCCAUGGCCACAGAGUGCAACCUACAGUGAAGCCAGUCACCAGCGGGGGAGCAAGUGUCUGUGUGUGUGUGUGUGUGUGUGUGUGUGUGUGUGUGUGUGUGUGUGUGUGUAGAGGAAGGCGUGGUGUGCCAUUUACGUGUGCAUGCAACUGUUUACACUCUUGUGAUCCUAAAUAUGGCCUGGGCUGGAGGUGUCCCUGGAUCAUGCCUCCUCACCAGAGCUGCUUCCUGACCUCCAAACACAAGACUAGAAGCCACAGCAGUGACCUGCAGCCCAAAGCUGCCCCUGGGAGCCCCCGUCCUUGUCCCAAAAGAGUGGUAGGACCCUAAUUCGAAUUCUGGUCUCUGCCUCCCCAGACUCCUCUUACUCCCUCGUCUCUUCAGACAAGGAGCAGGAGGGCCACAGGUUUUAUUCUCAUCUAACAUGUGGGGCUCCAGAGGCAGCCAGAACCUGCUGACUAAGUUUGCACUUUCUGACACUAGAACCUGAGCGGCUGAAGUAGAUGCCUCCCAUCUCAACUUAAACAGCCAGGCCAGUCUUUUAAAAUCCCAUGCCACUGGCAGGCCCUGGAUGUCCAAGACUGCAGACUGGCAUGUUAUGUGCCCAGCCCUGCCUAUGCCAGCCUCAGAUGGCAUGUCUGUGUAGAAGCCAAGAAGACGAAUAGACUCCCAGUCUUCUGUCCAUUCCCCAGCAGGUAGUGUCCAGUCUUGGCCUCUCAGGAGCUGUGAACAGGCCAGGGUCUGAGCUGGUGGUGGAAACCAGGUCCCGUGGCUUAAGGGCCCCUGGCUCCUCUGGCCACAGUUCCAGGUACCACAGGCUCCAACAAGUAUUGCUGAUACUCAGCCAGGCAGCUGGACAGUCUUGUUUUCUGCAGGCUUCCAGCCCAGCCCCCACCCCUCUAGUCAGCACCCACAUGGCCAUGUCAGCUUUCCAGGGCUGGGCUUCCAGGGGCUCAAAGGAUCUGAGGGGUGGGGCACUGCCUGGGCAGUUGGUGAAAGGUCAAAUAGAGAUCACAUUUGGCACACCAUCCCCUUCCCAGAGAGGCCAAGCCUGCUUUCCAGGGAAGCCACCUCUAUCUCCCACUGCUGGGUCAUGGAGAAAGAAGUGAAAAGAAGGAUGUGUGGGCAACUGAGCAAGUCUUCCUUUUACCCCGUGGCCUGCACUUGAGCCACAGUGUGUGUGUGUGUGUGUGUGUGUGUGUGUGUGUGUGUGUGUGUGUGUGUACUGAUUGGAUUUAU